AUUUUUAAGUACGUAAUUUGCUGAGUCAUAUAUUUGGGAUUAAUAUUGUUAUUUUGUUAUAUAUAACGUAGCUUUUAUGCAUUUUUAUAGCAUUGGAGUUACAAUAUUAUUAAAUAAUUAUCAGAAGGCAGCCAUGUUUUUUGCUUUGUUCGAGAAAUUUAUAUGCAUAUGAGAGAGAGCUGGUGUAAUAAGUCCAAAGAACGAGUGCAAAAGUAAGAAACACAUCGCAGUCAAUCGAUAAAAACGACGAGCAGAAGUUGAAAUAAAAACAGUCUAAAUUUCGUCUUUAAUAAAGGAAAAGCAUUGAUACCUUCUAUACCAGUGUGUAUAAAGGUACAAAUUGAAUAUAUUAAAAGCAACGACUUUUACAAACUCUGAAAAUAAGUGAAAGCUGUAAAAAUAUAAUUAAAAAUUUCACAAAUUGAACCUGAAAAAAUGAAGUUGUUUGCCUUCAUUUUGGUGUCCUGUCUAUGUGCUGCUGUGUACGCAGCCACAGAAAAGAAAGAAACAGCCACAGAAAAGAAAGAAACAUGGACGACGUCUAAUAAUUGCAACAUGUUGUUGGAAAGAGUCUGUUUACAACCAUCACCUCUUAAAAUAGACGGAAAAAUUGCUGAGCUCUGCAAUGCGAAAUAUAAUAUUUUUGAUAAUAAGCAUGUGAGUGAUUAUGUCGGGGAGCUCUUAUUUAAAUCCUAUGAGUACCUAUAUUUGGCUACACGUUUCGGUGCAUAUCAAAAAAAUCGUUCUGGAUUCCAAAAGUUAUACAAAGAACUAUCAGAUAAGCAUUUUGACGAGGCAAUUGAUUUAAUAAAACAUAUUAAUAAACGUGGUGUUUCUAUCAAUAUGCUGGAGAUAAUUAGUAAUUCUAAGGAGUAUAAAAAAGAUGUGAAAUUUUAUAGUCUUGACAAAGAUGAACUGCAUUCUUUAGGUAUUGCAUUGGACAUAGAAAAAGAACUGUUUGAGAAGGCUGCAAAUGUUACUAAUCACGCAAUUCACGACAUCGAUAAUACCGAAAAAAAUGGGCGUCAUACUAAACAUUAUAAACACCGUGAUCCGGAAUUUGCUCAUUACUUUGAGGAAAAGUUCUUGGGUUCUCAAGCAGAAACUGUGCGUAAAUUAUCUGGUUAUUUUAAUGAUUUAUUGAAAAUAGUGCGCGACGAACAGCAAGAGCUGGGCUUUUAUAUGUUUGAUGAGUAUUUGCAAAAGCAGUAAAUUCAUUUUUAAAAAUUGAGUUACUGUAUUUCAAAUUUUUAAUAUUUUAUAAAUUUUAUGUAAAUACAAUUUGGUGAUUAUUAAUAAACUUCUUUUGAGCAG